UUAAAUGAUCAAAGGUUUUGGAUUUAGCAUGUUGCUGCAACAUUUCCUUGAAAUUUGACGAAGUCCUUGCGGACAGUUUAUGAUAUAUAAAAGCUGUCGAAAAUGUCUAAUAUGAAGCAAGGCGAGCCUUGCGCUCAAGAGAGCAGUGACUAUGCGAUGAUCACGGACGUGCAGCCAUCUUCAACAGGUUUGAAUGUGAGCGGACCUCAGCAUUUACAGGCAUUUGCAAGUCCCCGUACAUCCAAGAAGCGAAAUUUUUUGGCUUCUCUGAGCAAGGGAACCCAGAGAAAAGGAACAAUCAUUACGCGGCCCAUGAAUCAAGAUUCUAUGCCCGAGGAAAUGGAGGAAGGCAAGGAGGGUGAUGCUGAAAGAAUACGGAUCAUGAACAUGGUGAAGGAAGGGAUAUGGUCUGUUGAAGAAGCUAUGAAGGAGGCAAAAACUCUUGGAGUGAUUGCUUCUCCUGAACCAACAAAUGAUGAUGGGAAUGGAGAAGAGAAGAUCUUUAAUUUUGGAGUGUACAAGUAUGGCAGGGACAAGACAAGUCUAUCUAGGAGAAUUUUACAGUUUGAUUUUCAAGAGAAGGUGCUGUGUAUCAUUCAGAAAGGAAACAGAAACAAGAAAUUUGCAUUCACUGAUAUCAAAGGGUUUGACAGUGAGGAUGGUGUGAGAUUUUACAUUUAUCUUGAAAGUGAUUAUGAACUUGAUGCUGACAGUAUUGAGGAGAAAAACAAGAUUUGUCAUCUACUGGAUUCUAUCGUGACACAGAGCAGAGGAGAUGAACCAGAUGGGGAAUUUGAAGCACCAUCACUUGACACUACAAAAGUUAUCAAAGAAGGCCAGAUCGAGAAGAAAGGUCAUAGUGUAGCGUUUAUGAUGUGGCCAAGGCGAUGGCUGCGCAUCCAGCAAGGAGAAUUAUCAUAUUUUAAGUUGGGAGAGGAAAGCCAGGCUGCUUUGAACAUUGUUAAGCUUGGUCCUGGGCUGGCGGAAGUCAAGAGUGUGGAUCAUAAUGCUUUCAUUAUCAUCACAAGCAAGAAGGAAUAUAGUUUCCGUGUGUUAAAUCUGAACAAUGCGGGCGAUAAUGCUGUUGAGAAAGAAAGAGACUCAUGGAUUGAGGCUAUAACUACAGCUUCCCAAAUAAGUUUCCGUCAAUCAAGAGCAGUAUCGUCAGUUCCUGAUGAAGCAGCCAUUGCAUCCUCUGUAGUAGAACAGGAAAAGUAUCUUAAAGAUGUUGUCAGAACACUUCAAAGAGAGUUGGAGCAGUUAGGUUCUGUGUUGUCUGUGGUCAACGCACCUAUUCAAGCUACUGUGCAGGUCAAGAAGGUGAAAGAUGUUGUGCGCAAUUUGGAUUCACAAGUCAAAACAGGCGUGUUGUCAUGGACAAUGAGACAAGUACUUCAAUCCAGGAAAGAUUCUAACAAAGAUGGAGUCGUGGUCUUACCACAACGCAGAAAAGAUUCUUUAAAAGACAGCAGCACACGCGCACCUCAAUUCAACAAUACUUCGCCUCCGAGAAGAAAAGACAGCGACAGGCUACCCAGCUUGCCACCUCAACCUGAAGAUGGUUAUGAAAAAGUUGAACCUCCACAACGGACGAAAAAACCUCCACCCGUUCCAUCCCUCACAGGUGUUGCUCAGUCGUCACAUGUCAGCGGUGGCCCCCCUCCACGGCCUCAUAAACCUUCUGAACUAUCAAACACACUAGUUAGUGACAUUGAUCCAUGUACGCCUCAACAAAUCGUCCCACCUGUGAGGCCUUCACGGAGUAGCAGUUCUUCUUCAGGUCCCUACGAAACUGUUGAAAUCGGUUCUCAAAAACGUGAAGGUUCGAAAGGAGGUAGUGUAGGUGAACACACACCACCAAGGCCACCUAAACCUGGUAGUGGUGUGAUUGAAGAUGACAGCUCAAGUAUUUAUAUGCAGCCACCUAUACCAGUGAGUGUCAUAAGCCCGAUAGAUGACUCCGAUAUUUACGAUAAUGUCCACAUCAAAAACAUUCCGUUAGGAGCGAAAGGUGGUCUGCAUGGUGUUUCUACUCUAGGAGCGAAAGAUGGUGUUGCUGAGGCUUGUACUGGAGAGACGAAUGAACCUACUGUCCUUGGUGGUUCUGCUGGGGAGAGAAAAGAGUCUGUUGACAUCGGAAAUGAAAUAGCUUCAUCAGGGACUCAGGAGACGAAGGGUGACGCCACGAAUAUCACAGAACGUGAAUCAACGGAUGGUAACCUUGAAAUCGAUUCUGGGGGGAUGGGAUGCGAGAGUCUCGCGCAGGCAAUCGAAGAGCGACGGCAGGUUUUGCAGGAGGAAGAAGCUAAAGAAGGUGUGGUGUUACUUUCUAAACAGAUGCCGAACGAGAAAGGUUCUGAUCUGAGUCAUACCUAUGCUGCUGAAGAGAUUGGAGAUAAUAGACCUAUUGGAGAUAAUAGACCUAUUGGAGAUAAUAGACCUAUUGGAGAUAAUAGACCUAUUGGAGAUAAUAGACCUAUUGGAGAUAAUAGACCUACUUCGGGCAGCAAUCCACCGCCUCCUCCUCCUCCCCUCCCUCCAGGAGUGCCCCCACCUCCUCCCCUGUUAGGAGGUGGCCUUCCUGGAAAAUCUUGUGCAGUCCAGGCCAGAGUUAAACUUCGACCUUUUUUUUGGAUACCAGUGCCGAUGCAAAUGGUGUCCAACUCCAUGUGGAUGCAAGCCGCUGAUCGCACAAAGAGCAUAAACUUGGAUUUGCUGGAAGAAAUGUUCCAGAUAGAGGAGAAGGAAAAACCCAUACCUAGUGCCCCCGCUAAACCCACGGUGAAGACGUUACUGGAUCCAAAACGAGCUCAGAAUCUUGGAAUUUUCCUGAGUGGGUUCAAACUGAGCACCAAGGAGAUUGACGAGAAGCUGAGUGUGUUCAGAGAAGAAGAUGGCGCCCUACCUAUGGAUCAGGUGAUCGCUUUGAAAAGGUUUCUUCCAUCAGCUGAAGAAUUUGAGAUGUACAAGAACUACAAGGAAGAUCCCAGCACAUUGGUGCCAGCGGAUCAAUUUAUGAAGAAGCUUUGUGAGAUAAACGACCUGGAGAAACGUUUGGAUUUAUUGCUUGUCAUCAUGGAGUUUCCCCAACAGUUUGAAGAUCUUGCACCGAAUGUGAAUAAUCUUUUGCAAGCUUGCAGUGAACUUUACAACAGCAAAAACUUUCAGCUCAUGUUGGAAUACGUGUUGUCAGUUGGAAACAUUCUGAACACGGGAAGUACCAGAGGAGGUGCAUAUGGGUUUAGGCUUCAUUCCUUACCAAAGAUGGCAGAUAUCCGCGGAAAUAACAAGAAGUACAACCUCCUCAAGUUCCUUAUCCUUCAACUACAGCAGUCCAAUCCAGAAGCGUUGAAUUUCACGGACGAAUUGAAAACCGUUCAGAAAGCUGCUACGUGUUCAUCUAAAGCCCUGUUUGCUGAAGUGGAAGUGAUGAAGAAGGACCUGAUUAAAAUCAAGAAACACUCGAGUGAACUGUUUUUGAAGCGUAACCAGACAAAUCCAAAGGAUGUCAAACUGCACAACGAUGUGGAAUCCUUUGUGAAUGAAUAUGAGCAGAAGCUAAAUGAUUUGUGUGAUCAGUGCAAGCAGAUGAAACAGAUUUACAACAAGGUUUUGGUUUCUUUUGGUGAGUCUCAGAGCAGUGAUUCAGAGGAAAUUUUUGGACCUAUCAGCACUUUUAUGACACAGUUCAAAAAAGCGUUGAAAGAACAGAAUCAGGGCAGUAAGCACAACAAGGGUAUCAAACUGGAGGGCCUCAGUGAGGCCAUCGCACAGAGGCAGAAGUCGAUCAAUGACUCAACUUCAGUGGCCUCUAUGAGUUCUUUUUCGACAACAUCAACUACCUCCGGUCAUGACAAUAUUGAUGGAAACAAAACCAGUCGGAAUGGUGAGAACAGAGACGUAUUUCUUGAAAGAAAGCCGUCAAAUAAAGAUACAAACACUUCUCCUCGUGCACCACUCCCUGUCAUCCAUAAACAGUUGAGUAUCAAAUUGCCGCCAAAACCACAAGGGAGAGCAAAUCCCAAACCCACACGGAGCGGUUUCCUUGGCAAGCUCAGCGGAGGAAAACAUCAUACUCCAAAAUGGGACAACAGAUAUUUCGAGCUCACAGACACAGGAUAUCUUAAUUAUUACAAAAAAGCUGAUGGCGGGAAACCUAUCAAUUCCAUCUAUUUGAGAGGCUGCCCCUUAGAAAUAGACCCUAACGACCCUCUAAUAGUUCUCAUUAAAACCGACGAUAGAGACUGGAGCUUGCGAGCGGCAACUGCUGAGGAGGCCUGCGCAUGGAAAGAAGCCAUGUCAUUUUACACUGACAAACGGAACUGAAGGCUCACAAAUAACUCAGGGAUAAAUUUUUGUAAGAGCAUGCGAUGAAUCAGGUUAAUUUCACGACUUGAGACCGAGAUUAAUUCUGGUCCUGCUUUUUGAUAAUGGGGAUGAUCCAAGAGUUAGAUCCAAUCAGAGAUUAUUUCGCUCAGUGUGAUUUCAAGCUUGAGAAUUACACAAAGUGGGAAGAAAUAAAGAGGAAACGAAAAUAACAUUCUGAAAUUAAAUUUGACGACAGUCUUGGAUUUCAUUAUGAGACUUGUUCAAACAACUGGGGCCAGGCCACGCGCCGAUUUUUAAAUAUCAAAUUUACACUAGAGCUAUCCUCUUUUCUUUGAAAUAGAAACUCUAACUUUAAUUGGAAAUUUUGCUUCAGUUGAAGAGGCUCUUUAUUCUGUGUGAAUUAUUUAUUGAUCUACAUAGUAACUGGCGUACCAUGCAUUCGUGUAUGUUACUUGGCAUAAACUCUUCUCAAAGUGUCGCGUAUUGUUAUUAUUAUAAAACCAUGCAAUUAUUAAUAUAAACGAAUGAAAGGAAGAAAAUACGAGUCAAAAAUGAAAAAGAUACUUAAAAUUCAUGAAAAUGGUUUACAUCUGCAUCAUUCAGGCUAUUCCCAAGAUUGUGCCGGGAUAAUUAUUGAUUCAAGUUAAAUGUUUAUUAAUUCUUUAUUUUGUUAGAGCGUCUUUUCAUAGACAUGAAAGAGAGAUUUCACGCAAUCUGCUUAACUGUUAUGUUUGUACAAUGUAACCGUAUGUCUCUUACCACACAUGCUACUUGGAAGACCUCAGCGUCAGUCGUAGCUUUGCCCCUCAGCAUCUUUCCUCAACUUUUAUCUUUUGGAGUUUCUCUCCUAAGACCUCUCUUAAGAGAACUGAUGGUAAUAUAAAUUAUUUUAAACGACUCAUGCGAUGUAAAGGAACUUGCGAAAUAUUACAAUAUUAUGAAUUAUAAUCAUGCAUCAUUGUAAUAAACAUUUUAGUCCAA